AUGAAAUCGACGCAGGCGCACAACGACACAAGGCGGGAUGGUCCGGACGGCUUGGGCUUGAAGAAGGAGGAGGAGGAGCAGGAGGAGCAGGAGGAGCAGGAGCAAAAGGAGCAGGAGGAGGAGAAAAAGCAGCCAAAGGGGGCGAGGUUGCCGGGUCUCGAGACGUCGUGGCAUGCGCGCCUGGCAGUCGACAAGAUUGAUGACGGCAAAGCUCGGCGGCGAGGGGUGCUGAAGUAG